AUGCUUCUCCCGGUUUCGAUCUUUGUCUUUAACUUGUGCUGCUGUCUGCUGGUCAGCGGCGGCCCUGUGGGAAGUGGGAAGACGCUCCAGAGGCCGAUAGCGUUCUCGUAUAUCGGAGAGGAACCGGUCGAUACCAAAGUGCAAACGAAACGUAACAGUGAGCAAAAGUUGGAACAUCCAAGGAAGCCAAAAAGAUCUGAGCCUCAGUCUUUUCUCAUCCACAUCAACGACGACGCUUUGGAAGAGAACGUGGAGAACUACGAAGAUAAAUUCAGUCCAGUGAAAACGACACGACUUCUAAGGACCGGAGGAAGAGGCUCCAAGAAGUUCGGUGAUUUGAAUGAAGAACGCAGGAAAAGUCAUGUAAACCCCAAAGAAGAGGAAGAUAAACAGUAUUUGGAGAGCGAGCGACGCGAAAGCAUAGUGAAGCAUCUGAAAGAUUACGAAAUUAAACAACCUAAGGUAGAAGAAAAGCCGCUAAAAGAGAAAUCAGAAAACAAAGAUAAAUCUUUAAAAGAUUAUUACGAAAAACCUGCCGUUUACUACGUUCAACAAAAGCCAUCGGAUGAAGUGCAUUUCGAAAAAUCGAUCCAACAAGAAAUCACACCUGAAAUCAACGUUAACUAUUACAAAAAUUUGAAGAACAAAAAAGAUUCGUACGGGAAACCAGUUCAAUACGAUGAAGGAGAUUCUGAAGUUAAAUUAGAUUAUUUGCACAAGGAUAAAACUGAUUCUUACGGAAAACCACUUCGUGUAAAUAUAUCGGAGGACAAAGCAAUCAAUAAUGAUUACGAGGAUUUCAAGAAAAAGUUGGAUUCUUACGAAGUACAGGGUGGAGAUGAUGUAACCAAAGAUGAACUCGAAAAAGGAGACGAUAAACCAAAGUUUGGCGAGAAUUCGUACAAGGAGGUAGAAAACUAUAAGGAAAAUAAAGAUCCAUAUAGAAAUUCAAAAGAUAAUCAAUCUAACGAGGAAAUUGAAUAUAAGCCAGAAAAUAGAAUAAAAAGUAAAGAUUAUUACAAAGAAAAAAACAAGGAUGACUUAGAUAAAUCAAACUUGAAGGAAAAUAAAUAUCCAUAUUCAGAAAACAAUCGACCAAGUAAAGAUACUGAAGAUAAGUUUGAAAAGAGAGUGGAAAAUGACGAAGAUGACUCUGAUACAACAACUUCGGAGGAGUCCGAGGAAAGCGUAGAUGCAAAAGUAGACUCAGGAAUUAAGGAUUUGGAUUAUCGCAAUAAUGAUAAAACAACAGAAGACUCCGAGGAUGAUAAAUCAUCAUCAGAAGAGAUCGAAGAGAUACCAGUGAAGAAGGAAUAUUACGUAAAUGAUUCAUACGAGAAGCAAGCAGUAAAUUUUGACGAUGAUAAAUCGGAAGAAUCCGGUGAAAGUGUGGAUGCAAAUAUAAAGGAAAUUAAGAAUUCCAAACCAGCUUAUUACAAAGACGACGAUGAGGAUAAAUCUGAAGAAAUCGAGAAGCCAAGGUAUUAUAUUAAGGAUAUAGUGGUUGAUAAGAAUCCCAAGGGAAAAGAGGAAAUUAAGGAUUUGAAACAGAAUGUGAAAGAGGAAAUUAAGGAUUCGAACGAGAAUGAAGGAAAAGAUUCUAGUUACUAUGAAGAAGUUGUAGAUGCUGAUGCGAAGGAGCAAACUGUUGGAGAGCUGAAAGCAGCUGCGAGUAAAGGAGUACAAGAGAAAAAAAACAAAGAUGUAAAAUUCGAGAAAGGCGGAGGAAAAGAACACGACACAAAACAUGCAGGAUUCCUUAAGGAGACUGGAGAGAAAGGCUACAAGGUUGAAGGUAAAAAUUAUAAAAAGGAUUCUGGACACCACGACAAAGUUGGCGAUGAGGGAAGUUUCAAAGUAGGCGGAAAGAAGAAUGAGAAGGAUGAACAUAAUGAUGGUUAUUACGGGGAGAAGCACAAAGGGGAUAAGGGAAAGAAGGGCGCUAAGUACGAUGAGGAUGGUAAACACAACAAGGGCCACAGCACAAAAGGAACACAUAACGUGCACAAGAAAGACGAGUACGAGAAGAUGGAAGAGUUCUAUGAUGAAUAUCACGAGGAGGAUGGAAAGGAGAAGGCGGGCGGUUCCUUCGAAGACGGAGACCAUAAAAAAGGAGACAAAUAUAAGAAGAGUAAAUUUCAUGGCGAUCAUCACCAUGACGACUACGGUAAGAUGAAGCACCAUCAUCGUGGAAAGUCGUACAGCGAGGAUAAAGGCCAUAAAACCGGAGCGGGACAUGACAAACAUCACGACCAUGUCGACGAGCAAAAGAAGAUGAAGUUCGUCGAGGCGAAGAAGAAGUGGAGCUUCAAGCACGGCCCGGACGGCACCUACAAAGUGGUCGAAGAGCAAGAUAAAAAGGAAUGAUCGACGAUUAAGCCUAAAUUGAGAUUUUUUAAAUUUGUACAUAGUUCAAAAAGUU